GUCGAAAACCUCCGUUUCCGUUCCGCUUUUCGUGGUGCCCGUGAUCAACUGGAAACCAUCUCGUGUUUAAGAUUUUCUUUAGGUGCUUUGCGAAUAUCACUCAGUGAGUAAAAUAGGCUUAACUGUACUCACCCGAGAAUCCUUCCACCUAGAAUUCAAACUGAAUACACGUGACGAAGAAGAAGAUUCCUGCAUUAACCUACAGGUCAGCAAAAUGUCUGGCAAGCCAAGAGACGUACGCGAUGACGGCAAGCCGACCGGGGAUGGUGCUCCCGUUGGCGCCUGUUCCUCAAGGGAAGACAACAACGGUGACAGUCCCCUUUUAUUCUCUACCCCAGCGACUGUCGUAAGCUCAAAACCACAAGAUGUUAUCGGCCUUCACAGUGCUCACCAAGGAGGGACAGAAAUUAAUCAACACUCUAGUCUGGUUGACAACGACAACAUGGCGACUCAGAACAGUGAGAUUGAAAUGGACCACCAACAAAGAAACCACAGAGCACGCACCACUGGCUAUAACAUUAGUCGUUCUAAUGUUAAUGAAAAUCCAGGCAUCUGUGCCUAUAUCUUAACGGCCAUAUCGAUAAUACUGAUUGUGGCAACAUUGCCUUUCUCUCUCGUCUUCUGUAUUAAGGUGGUUCAAGAAUACGAAAGGGCUGUCAUAUUCCGACUGGGCAGACUUGUGCGGGGUGGUGCAAAAGGCCCAGAUCAACCGAAUCGUAGUGACCAAAGCCCAAACGAUUCUGUUUCAGGCAUUUUCUUCAUCAUCCCGUGCAUCGACACCUACUGCAAAGUGGACUUGAGGACAGUUUCGUUUGACGUUCCGCCUCAAGAGAUACUGUCCAGAGACUCCGUUACUGUGGCUGUCGACGCUGUUGUAUACUACCGCAUCAGUAAUGCCACUAUCGCUAUCUCCAACGUGGAGGAUUAUGGCCAUUCAACGCGCCUCCUGGCGGCUACCACUUUACGGAACGUCCUCGGAACCAAAAACCUAUCUGAAAUUCUCUCGGAGAGGGAGAGUAUUAGUCACGUGAUGCAGGCCAGUUUGGAUGAAGCUACCGACCCCUGGGGAGUAAAAGUAGAACGUGUAGAAAUAAAAGACGUCCGUUUACCCGUACAACUACAAAGAGCAAUGGCCGCUGAAGCGGAAGCAACACGAGAAGCUCGAGCAAAGGUGAUUGCAGCAGAAGGUGAGCAACGAGCAUCCCGAGCGUUAAAAGAAGCCUCAGAGGUGCUGUCUGACUCCUCAUCUGCUCUCCAGCUUCGCUAUCUCCAGACGCUUGGAUCCAUCGCCACGGAGAAGAACUCCACCAUCGUGUUUCCCAUUCCUCUGGAGCUUUUUAGGGGAUUAUUGAAAAAAUAAAAGCGAACCGACAUUGAUGUCUAUGAAAUUAAAUAGUUAAAAAUGUAACAAAGCGCCAUCAAUUUUCACAACCAGUUCUAAUGCAUCUUUUGUAUAUUAUUAUCAUAAAACGAAAAGGCACGGUAUAUACCUGACAGAUCGUUAAAAUUAAAGGACAUUGCCAUCUAGUGUCAAUUUGUCAAAGCUCAUUCGAAUCUGCCAGAAUUCUCAUGGCGACAACUCAAUGAUUAAAAUCAUAAUGAUACUUCGAAACUCAGUUUUUAGGUAAACGGAACUAAGUAAUAAUGGCGCUUAUCUGUAUGUUCACGUUUUGCUCUCUUUUUACAUCUGUGAAAAGUCGUGAAAGUGUUUAACUUUUUUAUUGUUUUGUCAUAUCAUUCUUUAUUGCUAGGUUAGUUAUACAUCUGAAAUAGUUGUUGUUUUUCUUAUCUUGAACAAAGUACGAUAAAGUGUAAAAGUAACUACCGUUGUACUGUUUUGUUAUUGAUAAAUGUUGUCUCGCCUUCAUUAUGAUAUGAAAUGUUUUUAAUGUACAUUAGGGAGCUUGAUUAUCUUCAAUAAACCUCGUAUAAUUAGAUUCACAAGUCA